UAUUCAUUGAAAGCAGACGCGCUAAACUUGAAUGAAUGAAUGAUGCACUAUACUAUUCACAGCUAACUGAAGGCGGCCGCCACCAACGAUAUGUGUAAAUAUUUUUCAAAAUUAUAGCUCUUUUUCUACUUCUGAGUGCAGCUAAUCGUCUUCUCAAAAGAUGAGGGAUACUUGUAGCCGAACCUUGCCUGCAAGGUCAUCAUCUGAGAUGACCAAACAGUCACCGACGUCGUUGUCGUCGAGGGCAACAAGUCUCCACGUACGGGUUCUGAGGAGCAAUAGUAAGCUGCCAAAAACCAUGCUCACUGACCUCCCAGACGAACUUCUCAUCUAUCUACUGAAAUUCCUUCCUAUGUGUGAUCUCCAGAAUAUGUAUAGAAUAAGCAAACAAUUCAAAUGGCUGCUUGACUCUACCCCAAGGAUAUGGGCCAAUGCCAGCGUAGUAGGAAGGUGGCCCUCCAACUCAACUGAAAUGGAAUGCUUCAACAGGGUUGCUGAAUUAGGAAACCUGGAAGCAUUGAUUAAACUUGGUGUAGCAUAUUUGUAUAGUGAAGGAGUGGAGUCUUCCUUGUGUAAGGACGGGAGCAGAGCCGCCAAGUACUUUUCCAGCGCGGAGAAAUUAGCUCCUUGUAGUAGUCCCUUCACAUGGCUUCUCAUCCGUCCCCCCUGGAGCAACUGUGGAACAUGCUGCAAAGCUAGGGUCUUCCAAGGCAUGAAAGACAUUUCUAACGAAUCAAAGGAAGCUGACCGAUCAGUACUAUUCUGCCUUGCCAAGCUGCAUUCAUUCAUUGAGGAUAUGGAUCCAAGUAUGAAGAAGAAAAAUGGUCACCAGUCUGAAUCGAGGCAGUGGCUGAAGAAAGCAGCUGAUGCCGGUAGCGUGGCAGCCAGCUACGAGUAUUGGAAGAACAGUCUCAAUGACAGUACUAAUGACCAUGCAACUAAUCUGAACAUUCUACGUCAACUCAGGGAAUUCGCAUCUCAGGGCUGUUUGGAAGCAAAAUUGCGUUUGUAUUCAGAGUAUGCCAAAGGCAAGCUGGGAGGUGUGUCUCAGUCCCACGCCAGGGAAGCAAUGAGGGGCUUCGUGAAGGAGUCUCAACCAACCAAAGUCCACACGUUACUCAGGUCCAAGAACGGACUCAACAGUGCAAUGAGAUACAUCUUAGUCGACUGGCUAGUAGAAGUCGGCAGCAUGAAAGACUACUCGUGUUUGACCAUCCACAGUGCUGUCCAGCUGGUUGACCGUUACCUCAUGGCCAGGAAUAUCUCCCGGUCAACGCUGCAGCUGGUGGGCAUCACAUGCAUGGUCAUCUGCUCAAGAUUACUAGAAGAUGACAUCAUUACAAUCCGUGAGGCCGCGUGGCUCACAGACGGUACCUACAAGUACGAGGAUGUGGUUCGCAUGCUCGGAGAUGUGGUAGCAACACUCAAGGGCAAUCUCAGGGAGCUGACGAUCUUAGACUACCUCCAUCUCUUCUGCCAAGUGGUUUCAGCGGACAGUAAGAUGGAAUACCUGGCCUUGUACAUCAGUGAGCUCUCUCUACUCCAUGCUGACUUUGGCCAAUACUCCAGGGCUCUAAUCGCUGCCUGCUCUCUCUUCCUUGCACGGCUCGUUCUCGGUGCAGACUUUCCAUGGCCCACUCCACUAGUUGAACAUACCGGCUUUGAAAUCUGUGAUCUAGUACAGUGCACAUUGCACCUUCAUAACAAGUGUUUCCUGGAUGACCCCGUCAAAGACCACCGUGACGUGACCUUGGCAGCAGUCAAGCAGCGCUUCUCAGAGGACCUCUUUCUAAGGGUCGGUGAGCUGGACAUCAUGGUUCACCCGACGCUCAGAACCAUGCUCUGCGUGGAGGAGGACGAGGAGGUGGUCGAUGAGGAGCCGGCAGACGUGAGCAGGGACAACUCGAUGCCUUCCAGCAAGGAUGGCAUGGAUGCUUUCCUCCUCAUGUCGCCGUCUAGAAAGUCAAGAGGACAAAUGAAGCCUAAUGUAGCAGAGUAUUUGCAUGAUGACCGCAGCGACCGUGUUUCCACGCCGACCCACGAGUUUCCAGAGGACGAGGACCCAUGGCUAGGUGUAGAUGUCGUUCCCUUUGAUAUCAGUGAUUCAGAUAUCAAUCCGCAGAUAACUGACAAACCACGCGAGGAAGCUCAACCAAAAAAUGACAGCAGGGACCACGUUGCCACCAGGUCCUCUGCCUCAUGGGUCAUACUAGACGAGAGCCAGUCUGUGUCUGUGAGAACCAGAACAUCACAUCCAUCAUCAACAUCAUCCAAAGGCCUCUCGUUGACGUCUGGAGACAUACCCAGCACCAGUAACUGCUUCCUACCUCUAUCUACCGCCCUCUCAUCGUCGUCAUCAUCGCUCAAGUCAAAGAGUCAGGUGACAUACACCAUCAGCGCCAGCGGGAGGCUAUGUCAGCAGAAGGUCAAGGCCAGGAGGGUCGGGGGAAGCCCCGUGAGCAGCAGAAGUAGGAGCGUUCCCCAAACUAGCAGCCUGAAAACCACGCCUUCCAAAACGGUGAGGUACCAGUUCAGGCAGAGGACGCCCGUUCAGUCCGUGAAGCGCAAGAGCAUGGAAGAUUCGAGCGAUGAAGGGGCAGCGGGACAUUGAGUCAAAAUGGGUCCAAUGCCAAACUAACCAUGUAAUAAUCAUCUUGAGGUAUUGCGGAUAUUGUGAUUGUCUUAACCCGUCGACUACUGCAUUAUCCCAUAGACUUGUAUGUCAUACAGGAAUGCCCCGGUUCUGGCAAUCGAUUGGUUAUGUCCCAUUGAUUUAGGGCAGGGGGCAAGAGUGUUCCAUGGUACUUGGUGCUAGUAACAUUUACACUUGUGAACACAAACUUUUGAUCAAACUUGAUCGUAUUAACAGGUAAGAUGAUGAAGGAAUGGUUUUACUAUUAGGCAGAAAUUACUUGGGAUUGGAUAAGUGGUGUUGAAUGAAAAUAAUCUUAGAUUCAUGGUCAGUAUUAUGGUUCAAGUACUUUUUCUUAGCAGCAGAGAGAUUACAUGCUUGGGAGUAUGAAUCUUGUUCCCAAGAUGGUUAUAUUUCAAAUCUUUUUUUUUAGCAUGACAGUAUGUGACCUCUUGAAUUAAUGAAAUCUUUCACCUUGAUGCAUCUGACUCAGCUCUCGUUUUCUGCUGCUACUCUAUAUACCUCCUGGCAUUAUUGGUGUUUUGUUUUAUGUGGGUAGAUCUAGUACGCUUUCAUUGGAUAUGCUGCACUAUAUAUAUCUGCUGAAAGCUAGAAUGGUGUAAGGCCCGUUCAGAUUUGACGCGGCUUACCUGCAGUGUUUGUUAAAAUGAUGUUGUAAAGCAUGUGUAUUUCACGUUUCUGUACAUGAAUCUUCUAACACAGAGCUAAGUGAAUAGGCGCAGGAGCUUUAUUGCACUUGGUUGCCGUUCAUUUACACUUACAUAAACCGUGGCGGUUUACUGUGUCAUAUCUGAAAGAGCCUUAAAGGGGAAGUCCAUCCUGAUAUUUAGUUGCUUUCAAUAGAGAGAGAAAAAUGAGAGGAACAGAGCAAAUGGGAGGGGAGCUCGUAAGAUACGUCACAGAGUAGCCAAUUUGUGUUUGAUCGAUCGUGAGUUCAAAAUUUGUUACUUUUUUAUUCAGAUAAUUGCUCAAACCUUCUCUGACCUGUUCCUCUCAUUUUCUUCUUCUAUUAAAACCAAUUUAAUAUGAGGGUAGACCUCCCCUUUAAGAGUGUUAAAUCUGUGUAAAUGAUAUAAUUCAAAACUCUUCCAGUUCUCUCUUAAUCCUGUCACUUCAAUGAUAAAAUUUGCAUUGUGUCAUUUGGUAUCAAAUUUGUAUUUUGCUGCUAUAACACAAUUUUUUGAUAUACAUGUAUUGUAUUCCUUUCAAGGAAAUUCAUCAUUUAAUUAUAUUGUUCUCAAAUGUUUCGUACCAUGACGUGCUGUCAGAGAUGCUGAAGAUUUAUCAAUGCUACCUGAAUGUAUGAUUUUCAUUUUGAUAGAUUAAUUUUUUAUUUUUAUACUCUCCUCUUUCAUCCUAUGUGCAGGUGUAUCAAUGUAUGCUCUUUCAUUUGAUGAGUUUUUAUUUUUUACAGUCUCAGGAAUGUUUGGCUUUGCACAAAGAGAGCUUUCAUAUCAUUUUGCAUUCGUUAUGGAGAGAAUUGGAACGUUCUGUUCUAAACAAUUGACACUGAAAGUUCAUGACAGAGUUGAAAGUUCUUAGCAAAGGUCAUCAACAAUUUCUAGCUCAUUUUUACUUGUAAAGAAUCAAAGUUACAUUGUGUGUAUACAAAACUAACCCACCACACGAUAUUUCUUGAAAAAGAAAAGAAAAUUACAAUUAUUGCAUUUGAGCCUUUCCAUUUGGCAAAUGUACAACGCUCAUCUCAUGUCCUAUUAUGUUGUUUUGUAUACUUUGGGUAAGUUUAUUUUGUAUACAGUGAUUACAUAUUUUCAUGUGUGUGCGCAUCUAUGUUCCACCAAUCAUUCAGUACCGAACAUUGCACUAUCCAUCAUUAAUCUUUGUGUAUAAGAUCAGAAAUAUAAUAUUUUGUAAAGUUUUGAGAAGAAGAUUUUUCUGUUAAAUGAGGAAAAAGAAGAGAUUUUAUUAGCAUUCCAUAUCAAUUUUACAUUCCAGAUGUUGGGUGCUUAAUCAAUCCGUAUUAAUGGUGCUUUGUGUGUGUGGCGGACUACGACUUUGAAGUACAAAUCAUUGGGCUUAGUGACUUUCGAUUCGCACAAUCAUUAUACAUUGAAUUAUGAACAGACGCAAAUGUCAAAUGAUGUGUAUGUAUUGUACUAAAUACUUGUACAUCUUUUGAUAUUUGCUUAAGAAAUUUAUUUGAUAUCUAUCUAGUUGGCACAAAUUAGGAAUUGACUGAAUGACCCUUGAUUUUGAUAGAGUAAAAUCAGUCUAGAGAGUACAACAGAAAUCAACAUGAACUUCCAAUGUUUACUUGAAUAAUAAUUAUGAUUAAUAAAUGGACAUUAAUGUACUGGAGUUGUUCAAUUUGUUCAGUUCAGUAUUGGAAUUAAUUUAAUUCAAAGACAUUGUAUACAGUUUAUAAUUGCAAGCAUAUUCUUCAUAAAUGUUUUUUAUGUGUAUUCUCUUUAUAUUAAUGUAUUUGAAUAAGAAUUGGGAUGUAAAUUAUUGAAAUAUAAACGUAUACAAAUUCAUGAUGCAAAAAUUAGCAUUGUGUUAUUUUCACAUGAAAUACUGAUUCCUCAAGAUUUGUCUUCCCUUUUAAAUGUAUUUCAGUUCAGUAACAAAAGAAUUAUGAUAUGCUCAAUAUAUGUUUCUACUUGUAAUAUUACGAAAACAAAUAUUCAAUCAGCUGUGAAUAUGUUUAUUUUCUAUGUAAAUAUUGCUUUAUGCAAUCACUAUGUGCCUUAAAAAGUUCAAAGAAAUUGAAAAUUUAGAGAGAAUUUAUUUUUUCUUCAUCUUUAUUUCGUAUUUCUUUUCUUCUUUUGUUUUUGUAAAGAAAAGGAAAUAUCUUUUCAAAAAGUGUCAACAUUUCUUUAUCAUUUUGAUUCAGACCAGGCAAAAUCUGCUGAAAUUGUAAAUAAGCAUUUUACUUUUCUCUUUUUGCUUUUAAGUUUGUAACUUGUACGAUCACUUGGAAAGUACUAGAGAAAAUGGUACUACAUGUCUUUGUUACUUUUUUUAAAUUUGCUAUGACUUUUGUACAAGUUAUUAUAUUAUGUACCUAUGCAAACUCGGCCAUGUGAUGGCCUUUCAUUAUUAUCUUCCAGCAUUAGUUUAUGUUUUAUGUAUAUUCAGUACAUGUGCCUUUUUUUCUAAAGAUGAAAUUAAAAAGGCGCACUUUUCUUCAUUAUACCGAAAAGCGAAUCAAUUCUGUA